AUGAUGAAGCUGCUUCUUUCUCUGACUCUCAUCUGGGCGCUCUACAGCACUGGUGAAGCACUUGUGUGUGAAACUUGCACAGAUGCUGCCUGUUCAACCAGGGCAGCAGUUACAUGUUCCACAGAAACGAUGUGUGUCACAGCUUCCUUUCAGCUUGACUCUGCAGCCGUUUCACUUGGGACCGCUGGACAGCAAAUCUACAAGGACUGUGCCCCCCCCGGCCUGUGUCCAUCCACAGGCUCUCACACAUAUUCAGUUAACUCGGGUGUUUCGAGUAUACUUACAAGUGCUACAUGCUGCAGCACAGACAGCUGCAACUCCAACACUCUGCCUUUCCCUGUGGUUCCAGCAGUUAACAGUCUACAGUGUCACGUUUGUAACCCCGUCACCUCUGAUUGCAGCUCUUCAGUACAAUGUAAGGGAACAGAGGAUUGCUGCUUUCAAGGCAGUGUGACAAAUGGGGCCGUCACUUUUCAGUAUUUUGGCUGUGCAUCUUCAAAUCUGUAUGCAGCUGCUGCCAGCCUGGGGUCACAGCCUUUCAUGCAAAGUUUUGGUACCAAUAUCAGUGGACUAGCCUGUUGUGGGACUAGUUUGUGUAACACUCUCACUACGACAACCACUACCCCAACGACAACAACCACAACGCCAACGACAACAACCACUGCCAGUGAUGCAUGUUGUGUCAGAAUGGGAAUGCUGCAUCUGCUGAUUGGACUCCUCAUUUUCAUCCUAUUUUAG